GUUAGUAAACACGCAUUUCGAAUUUUGGCGUUUCACAUUAACGGCAUAUAGUUUAUUUGUGUGUCAAGCGACAAUCGACGAUUUUUAUAAAAGCAAAUUCUGCAAUAAAAAUAUUAAUAAUCAGAGCUACUGCGUAUGCAAAGCAAUAAAUGGAAUCAAAGCUGCCAAAGCCUACCACAAAUAAACGGCCCGUAUUGUUAAUGGAUAGAAAUAAAUGCCAGCCUCACAAUUUAUUAAAUGUGGGCCGAUUCGAUAAUGAAAUGCGCUCAAAUUCCCCCGACAUGCAAAGGUCAGCUCCAUUACAGCCGCGUGUAAAAUUAAGGCGAAGUCGUUCGGCCUCAGAUCUACGUGAUUUAAAACCUAUGAAGCGCCAUGAAACUACAUUAGCACCCAUACCAGCAAAGGUCGCUCGUUUAAUUCCACCUUCCUCUGCUAGUAAUAUUGCUAAUGCGUUCAAUCCAACAAAUCGUCCACCGCGAAUUGGAACCUCUAAUUCAGGUAUCACGAAACGUUUGACAGCGCAAACAUCUAAAGCACCUCCUACAAAACGCGCGGCUGCAGGUCCUGCCAAUUCUACGGUAAUAGGUGCAAAUUCUAGAAAGCCAAUGUCAAGCGCUACUACUACUUCUCUAUCUACUACUGGUGCGGUAAAGCCCAUUAAUAAGCGUAUUCCUCCAUACGAUUUUAAGGCGCGCUAUAAUGAUUUGUUAGAAAAGCACAAAGUGUUAAAAGAAAAAUAUGAACAAGUGGAAAAUUUGCCAGAACAGCUGGAAGAAACACAAUCGCAUUUAAUAAGUACCACAGAAGAAUUGAAGAACACUAAAAUCGAUAAAGAAUGUUUGCAACGUCAAGUAAAGUCACAGCAACAAAAGAUUGAAUCGUUGGCCGAUUCUUUAACAAAGACUACCGAUGAGCUUCAAAAGCUUAAGCAGGCAUAUAAUAAAAUAAAACGAGAGCAUGAUGAGCUCAGCGUUGAAGUACUGGAGCUACGCGAUCGUUCCGCAGAUCUGGAAGAUAAGAACUUUAAAUUAAUGGAGGAUAUUACGACAUGUAAAGAGCAACUCUUUCGUUCGAAUAUGGAACGCAAAGAAUUGCACAAUGCUGUUAUGGAUUUGCGUGGUAAUAUACGCGUAUUUUGCCGAGUUCGCCCACCUCUUGAUUUUGAACAGGAUAAAUUACUUUGUGGAUGGAAUUAUGUCGAUGAAAGCACUGUGGAAAUAAUUAAUAAUGAUCCAUUAGUCAGGGCUAAAAACAAUGGCCACAGUUUCAGUUUUGAUCAAGUAUUUCAGCCGUAUAGCAAACAAGAAGACAUUUUUGAAUUAGUUUCACCUUUGAUCCAGUCAGCUUUGGAUGGUUACAAUGUCUGCAUUUUCGCCUACGGUCAAACUGGUAGCGGCAAAACUUUUACUAUGGACGGUACAACUGCAAAUCUUGGAGUGAUACCGCGCACGGUUGAUUUGUUAUUUGAUUCUAUAAAAGCUUAUCGAAAUCUUGGUUGGCAAUAUGAGAUCAAAGCCCAAUUUUUGGAAAUUUACAAUGAGGUCUUGUAUGAUUUAUUGGACAAUGAGCCAAAAGAAAUGGAAAUUCGCAUGAUGAAGAAUAACAAAAAUGAUAUAUAUGUUUCGAACAUUACCCAAGAAACCGUAGAUAAUGCCGACCGUUUACGGGAACUUAUGAAAGUUGCCGGAAUGAAUCGUGCAACAGCAGCUACUGUCGGUAACGAACGCUCUUCACGAUCUCAUGCAGUUACAAAAAUUGGACUAAUUGGCACUCACAUAGAAAAGCGUGAAACGUCGAUUGGUUCAAUUAAUUUGGUGGAUUUAGCUGGCUCAGAAUCACCUAAGACUAGCGUGCGUAUGAACGAAACGAAGAAUAUUAAUCGAUCAUUAUCGGAGCUUACAAAUGUCAUAUUGGCUCUAUUACAAAAACAGGACCACAUACCCUACCGCAACUCUAAGCUAACGCAUUUAUUAAUGCCGUCCCUUGGUGGCAAUUCGAAGACGCUCAUGUUCAUUAAUGUGGCUCCCUUUCAAGACUGUUUCAAUGAAUCUCUAAAAUCGUUGCGGUUCGCUGCAAAUGUCAAUCAAUGCAAAAUAGCGAAAGCUAGGCGCGUUCGCAUACUUAACACCUCCAACGCUAACAACAGUAGCUUAAUCUAGAAAUACCUAUAUUUUUUACGACAUUAAACAAGAAAAUGUUUCAUUUUUUUAUCGCUUUACGGAUGUAUGUAUAUUUUCUAUCUCAAC